AUUUAGCAGACAGUAUGAGUUCGGGUAGGAUCCUUCGUCUCAAUCCUCUCGGCAUUUUAGUAGUUGCUGCCAUAUCGGGAUGUAUAUUACUCUAUUUUGUCCAUGGGUGGUUUACACCAAAAAUGAGCAUGAAAGAAGUGCUUGCUGCAAGUAUCACUUUAGCCAAACGCGGGGGCCAACGUGUCAAAGAAAUACGUGAGACGAACCGAUUAAAGGAACAAGAGAAGGGCAAGACGAAGGAAGGUGCCGCAGAAAUGCUGACGGAGGGUGAUAUGCAGUCACAUAUCCAGAUUAUGUAUGGCCUCGCCAAAACGUUCCCAGGACUGAAAGUCAUAUCAGAAGAACAUGAAAAGCAAACAGCAGACACUAGCAAGAUUACAAGGGCGGAAAUUGAUGAUCCAGAAGUUGCAUUAUUGUCAGAUCAGUAUGUAAAUCUGAAAGAUGUGGCUGUGUGGAUUGAUCCUCUUGACGCUACUCAAGAAUAUACAGAGGAUCUCACUCAGUAUGUGACAGUGAUGGUGUGUGUGGUAGUGGGAGGACAGCCAGUUAUGGGAGUCAUACACAAACCAUUUUUACAAGAAACAGUGUGGGCUUGGGUAGGACACGGUCACUCAAAGAACAUCAGAGUGGAGGAUGACAAGGAAAAAGAGACCACGUCUAUCAUAGUGUCCAGGUCCCAUGCUGGAGAUGUAGAAGCUGCAGCCAAAGAAACUAUAGGACAGAACAUCAAAGUUAUCCCAGCAGGAGGUGCAGGUUAUAAAACAGUUGAGGUGAUCAAAGGCAAUGCUGAUGCUUAUGUCCACAAGACUUUAAUCAAGAAGUGGGAUAUUUGUGCUGGUAAUGCUAUAAUCAAAGAGUUGGGAGGAAGAAUGACAGAUCUGUUUGGUCAUGACAUAGACUAUUCCCCUGAGAAGAAUGUAAAGAAUGAGGGAGGACUGUUAGCAACUACCAGGGACCACGACGGAUACUUGAAAAAACUGGAAUCUAUGGCAAAAAGCUUAAAACAGUGAAGUUUAUGUGCUUCAGACUUUUUUUUUGUUUUGAUAAAGCAUUUUUAUCAUUUAGACAUAUAUUCCUGUGUUCUGGUAAUUUAUUUUCAUUUUUGUUUCACAUAAUGUUUUACUCCUGUGACCCAGUUUUAAAGGGGCACCUCAUUGCAACGCACUUAUUUCUAGGCAUUCCAGUUUGUAUUUUGAAGGCAUGGGGUACACUGCAGCUUUAUAAUUAAGAGGUGGGCUUGUUCUUUUAUAGUGCAGAAAUUAAAGUCGUCUGCCUGGUGUUUGAAGUUGUAGGAAUAAUUGAAUUUACUCAGUUAUAUACUCAAUUAUUUUACAACACUGAUUGUCAGCACAUUUUAAGAUAUGACCAGAUUUCUAAGUUCUUUAUUUAAUAAGCAAUAUAUUACUACCAUAUUAAAGUAGUAAUGAGCUCUAGUCAUAUAGUUAAAGUAACUUUUUGUAUGUUGGUAUGUUUUAAUCUCUUAAGGGUGCUGUAUAGUCUGUCUUCCAGUCAUUUGUCCUGGCCCAAUUUCAUUAAAAUAACUUACAUCAGUUCCCUGGCCGAGUUAACUAGGAUGUCCAUGUGAGUACUAAUAGUAAACACUGUUACCCUUAGGGUAAGAUGUGACCAUGUAACAAAGUUGAUAACAAAGAUGUUAGCCACUGGAACUUUUUUAAUGAAACUGGAGCCUGUAUUUCAUGCAGCAGAUCUUGGUAAACUACUGUGAUAUAUAGUGUACAUACUCAUAUUUUGAGUGGCGCAUUUAUCACCAAGAUGACUUUUAUACAGAGUGAUCAUGAAUUAAUCAUGGACAAACUGACCUAAUAUGCAACUUUAAAAAAGAAUGCUAAUCUUGAAAUGUGAACUUGCAGUAUAUAUUAUUUAUUGUUGAAUGAUGGCACAUAGCAUUUCCAUUAGAAGACAAGUGCUACAUAGAUGCAAUCUCAAAUAUUUUUGUGGAUACUGAAACAGGAAAUUUCCUUUUCCUGAAUUUGAAAAGUCAGUAUUGCAACAAAGGAAUGUAAUGAGAUGUCAGGUAAUAUGAAUGUGGGCAGAUAUUAAAUUAUUGAGAUAUUUCAGUCGAGUUGCAAUAUAAUGGUAUCAAAAUGCAGUGUAAAGUGGUUGAGUUCCCAGAUCUGUUGUACCAUACUUUGUUACUCUACAUAUAAGGGCAAAAGGGGUAUUUUUUUCAUCUAUUUUUGGUUUAAAAAUAACAUUCUUACAUGCUGGGGAUUGUUUAAUAGGGUAAAACUCUUUAAAUGGCUUUAUAUAUUAUUGUAAAUGUAAGGAAGGAUUUUUGUGGUAUUGUUACUUAAUGAUUGGCUGUCUUCGUGUUUGAGACGUUGGUCCAAGUGGAUUUUGGGGGAUUCAGUGGUAAUAUAUGUAUAUACAUAUGAAUAAAGAAUGAUUUUUUCUCAA